AUGCGCUGUGGCCCGGAAACGUUGUGAGCCGCUAUGGCGAUGGCGGAGAAGUUCGACUCGCUUGAGGAGCACCUGGAGAAGUUCGUGGAGAACAUCCGGCAGCUCGGCAUCAUCGUCAGCGACUUUCAGCCCAGCAGCCAGGCCGGCCUCAACCAGAAGCUGAAUUUCAUGGUGACGGGCCUACAGGACAUCGACAAGUGCCGGCAACAGCUUCACGACAUCAGCGUGCCUCUGGAAGUGUUCGAAUACAUAGACCAAGGUCGCAACCCUCAGCUUUACACUAAGGAGUGCCUGGAGAGAGCUUUGGCUAAGAAUGAACAAGUAAAAGGAAAAAUUGACACAAUGAAGAAAUUUAAAAGUCUAUUAAUUCAAGAACUAACAAAGGUGUUCCCAGAAGACAUGGCAAAGUACAAAGCUAUCCGAGGCGAGGAUCCUCCUCCUUAGGUAGACCUCUGAUAGCUCUAAAAAUACGUCAAUUCUAUGAACUGGUGCCACUCUUAAGAAAAAUGUUGACUGAAGUAACAGGGUAUCCAAAAACUUCAUUAACAGCUCUACUAAAAAUGGCAGUGAUAGGAUGUGAAGGAGCUUGAUGGUUGCUCAUGGUUUUGGACUGAAGGUAAUGCAUCUUUCUGAAGACUUUCACUCAUGGAUUGCAGUUGAAACUUGUUGUGGUACUCUGUUCUUUCUUGAAAGAUUUGAGAGGUGUUUUGAUAGUUUGCAGGCAAUUAUAUGGCAUUUCCUGCAGAGUGUGGUUUUGAAGCAGGAGAUCAUGGUGGUUGUUGCUGUUUUGUUUGGGAUUUUUUUGCUUUCUAAAGAGCGUGCUCCAGGAUUAUGGGUUUCUUACAAAUGCAGUUAUUCUACUUGAUUGUUUUUCAUUUGUAAACUUUUUUUUUAAUUACAGUACAAACAAUUGACUCUUAUUAUCUUGCCAAAUUCUGUUGAACAGGAGCCUGUCAUGGGCUCCAGUUUGCAUGUGUCAUAAUGAAUUGCAGCCAAGAAAACCUUGAGAUAUUUGUUUUGUUCUAUAAGCUGCAGUGCAGAUGGCUGAUAUCGAAAGGGAGCACAUUCAGGAUUAGCUCCUCAGCAAUGUUGAUAUUUUGUAUAAUAUUUCAUGUAGACCUUUGUUAAAUUCUACUUAGUUUCUGUAAGCAGGUUGAAGAAUAAAAAAUUGUAAAAAUGAAA